AUGUCGAGAUUAGCUAACUUCUGCAGGUCUAAGCUGUCAUUUCUUAAUGUGAAUGAUCAAAGAGUCUGGAAACGAAUGUGGUGGGCUCUAUAUGUGCGCGAUCAACAGACAUCGGCAGCACUGGGAUUGCCUCCUCGAAUACGCGACGAGGACUGCCAAAUAGCCGACCUGGAGGCGUCCGACUUCGAGGAAAGUGAAGCGAUUGGACCAUCUGAAAUUUUCAGAGCACCUCCUGAUGUUCACGUAUCAUACGUGAUUGGAAUGGCUCAACUAGCUCGAUUAUGUAUGGAGCCUCUACCUCAUGAAUCUUUGCUACGAACUAAACGACCAAAUCUAGUACGCGAAGUCGUCUCCAGUCAAUACUUGCCUGGCCGAUCCAAAUUGGAGAAUCCACAACGGCCCUUGCUUCACCAAAGACUUGUUGAUUGGGAAGCAGAGCUUCCAAAAGAGAUGCAUUUUCAAAUGCCCAUGAGCAGAGAGGCAAUGUUCCUCGUUGGAAUGCUUCACAUGGCCUAUAACAAUCUCUACGUGCUUCUUUACAGACCACUUUUCUUACAGCCUCCAGGACAAACAACCAGCCCAGAAGGCAAUAUGGCGCUCGAUGCAGCAACAAGAAGCACUCGAAUUCUGGAAGACAUGCUUUCAGAGAAUCUGGUCCAACACGGGUCACUUCACCUAAUAACGCACACCUUCUCCGCCCUAUGCAUCCACACCAUUCACUUCGGUCGCGUGACCGGCACAGCACGUAAAUUGGCCGAGCACAGGGCGAAGCUCUGUUUGUUGGGACUCAAAGAGCUACAAAAAUCCUGGGACCUAGAGAAUUGGGUGCUUGAUCUAUUCUUUCGUUGCUUGGAUGAUCGCACUGCUCGGGAUCUUCGACUUGCCGACGUGAACAUCCCCUCGUCAACAACACAAUCGCGUGGUGAGACUGCGGAAAUAGCACCAGUCGCAUCUAUUAGCGAUCAAUCCCGGCAUUUGUCGCCCCAUCCAACAGAAAACAUACUGGCAACACCUCAAAUACCCACCAACAAUAGCCUUGCGGAGGAGGCUGCUAUCAAUAUGGAUUGGUAUGAGCUUUUCAAUAUGGAAGGCGAUGAUGUUAUGGGUCUUGCUGGGUCUCUGUCUAAUCCGGAUUAUCUGAAUCCACAGAACCUUGAGUUUCUGUAUCGAUUCUUAUAG